UCUUGCUCAGUGCCUGCUAGCUCACCUCCAAGCCUCUCGCCAUGAACAGACAAGUCUGCAAGAAAUCCUUCAGCGGCAGCAGCCAGGGCUUCUCCGGCCGCUCGGCGGUGGUCUCCGGGGGCAGCAGCAGGAUGAGCUGCGUGGCCCGCUCUAGGGCAGCCGGUGGAGGGGCGUGUGGGGCCCGUGGCGGUGCGGGCGGCUUUGGCAGCCAGAGCCUCUACAACCUGGGUGGCACCAAGAGCAUCUCUAUCAGUGUGGCCGGGGGCUCCCGGGCCGGCGGCUUUGGGGGAGGCCGAGGCAGCUGUGGCAGUGGUUUUGGUGGGGGCUUUGGAGGAGGCUUUGGUGGUGGCAGAGGAAUGGGAGGAGGAUUUGGAAGUGCUGGUGGCUUUGGAGGUGCCGGUGGCUUUGGAGGGGGCUUUGGAGGUGCUGGUGGCUUUGGAGGUGCUGGUGGCUUUGGUGGGCCUGGUGGCUUUGGUGGGCCCGGUGGUUUUGGCCCUGGUGGCUUCCCUGGGGGAAUCCAGGAAGUGACUGUCAACCAGAGCCUCCUGCAGCCCCUCAAUGUGGAGAUCGACCCCCAGAUCGGACAAGUCAAGACGCAGGAGCGGGAGCAGAUCAAGACCCUCAACAACAAGUUCGCCUCCUUCAUCGACAAGGUGCGCUUCCUGGAGCAGCAGAACAAGGUCCUGGAGACCAAGUGGGAGCUGCUGCAGCAGCAGGGGACCAGCUCCGGCACUGGCACCAACAACCUGGAGCCAUUCUUCGAAUCCUACAUCAGCUUCCUGCGCAGACAGCUCGACCUGGCUGUGGGGGAGAGGGGCAACCUGGAAUCCGAGCUGAAGAACAUGCAGGACCUGGUGGAAGAUUUCAAAAAGAAGUAUGAAGACGAGAUCAACAAACGAACUGCUGCAGAGAAUGAGUUUGUGGGACUUAAGAAGGAUGUGGACUCAGCCUACAUGAACAAGGUGGAGCUGCAGGCCAGGGUAGACGGCUUAACAGAUGAGCUCAACUUCCUGAGGACCCUCUAUGAGAUGGAGCUGUCCCAGAUGCAGAGCCAUGUCAGCGACACGUCCGUGGUCCUGUCCAUGGACAACAACCGCUGCCUGGACCUGGACAGCAUCAUCGCCGAGGUGCGCGCCCAGUACGAGGAGAUCGCCCAGAGGAGCAAGGCCGAGGCCGAGGCUCUCUACCAGACCAAGCUGGGAGAGCUGCAGUCCACGGCCGGCAGACACGGGGAUGACCUGAAGAGCACCAAGAGCGAGAUCAUGGAGCUCAACAGGAUGAUCCAGAGGCUGCGGGCAGAGAUCGAGAACGUCAAGAAGCAGAACGCCAGCCUGCAGGCCGCCAUCGCCGAAGCAGAGCAGCGCGGGGAGCUGGCCCUCAAGGAUGCUGACGCCAAGCUCCGAGGCUUGCAGGAUGCCCUGCAGAAGGCCAAGGACGACCUGGCCCGGCUGCUGCGCGACUACCAGGAGCUGAUGAACGUGAAGCUGGCCCUGGACGUGGAGAUCGCCACCUACAGGAAGCUGCUGGAGGGCGAGGAGUGCAGGAUGUCCGGAGAGUGUCAGAGUGCCGUGUGCAUUUCCGUGGUUAGCAACGUCUCCAGCAGCAGCAGCAGCAGUGCUGGCGGGAGCCGGGGAGGCUUCGGAGGGGUCAGUGGCAGCAGCAGCGGCAGCUUCAGAGGCGGCAGCAGCAGCAGCGGCGGCAGAGGCAGCAGUGGUGGCGGCUAUGGCAGCGGCAGCAGCAGCAGCGGGGGCCGGGGCAGCAGCGGCGGGUUCCAGAGCGGCAGCAGCGGGUUCCAGAGCGGCAGCAGCAGCGGGGGCCGGGGCAACAGCAGCGGGUUCCAGAGCGGCAGCGGCAGCAGUGGCGGGUUCCAGAGCGGCAGUGGCGGGUUCCAGAGCGGCAGCAGCAGCAGCGGGGGCCGGGGCAGCAGCGGGUUCCAGAGCGGCAGCAGCAGCAGCGGCGGGUUCCAGAGCGGCAGCGGCGGGAGCAGGCUGGGCAGUGGAGGCAGCAGCUCUACCAACCAGAGUGGCCUGGGCUCCAGCUCCGGAGGCAUUCAGACCUCGGGCAGCGGCGGCUACAAGUCUGGUGGUGGUGUGCGCUUCUCCCAGACCCCCAGCUCCAGCCAGCACAGCUCCAAGUAAUCCCUGGUCAUGUCCCCCCCUCCCCGCCUCCUGCAAAAUGGUGCACCCCUCUCUCUGCUAGCCACCCUCAACCGCAAGUGCCUGGAGGCUCUCUCCCCUCACCCCCUCCCUCCGGAUCUAGGUAGGGAGGCUCUACUGCGAGUCCAGGAGGAGACCCCUCCGCGGAACCCCCACAGUGGCCCCGACUUUGGACACGACACAUGAACUUACACCAGUGUGGAGCUUCCCAGUGAGACCCCCAUCCCCUCCUUCUGAGGGGCUGGAGCUGUAGGGAUGACGGUCGGGCUCCAGGACAGCUGCCUUCCUGAUCCCCACCUCCGUGUGUGGGAUCCUGCCUUACCCACCUCUCCCCCAUCCUUUGGUGGUGAUGAUGUUGUACUUUCCUGUUCUCA